CUUUGUUGCUGGAAGCACAUUUUCCCUCUGGGUCCUUUCGCGUUCGCGGUGCAGUCACGGUUGUGCAACAGCAUGGGUUCGUUAGUGGUGAAAUGCAUGCUGCUGUGUGCAUUGAUGCAUGGAGCGGUGUGUGCCUGCAUGCUGAAGAAUCACACCAUAUGGAUUGAGAGGCAAGACUGUGGCCAGUGUGUGGCCAUCAACACUACCAUCUGCAGCGGCUACUGUUACACACAUGACACCAAUUUGAGGGGACGGCUCGGGAGGAGUUUCCUGAUCCAGCGCAGCUGUGUUCCUCUGUCCUUGGUGUACCGAGCCGCCCAUGUGCCAGGCUGCCCUCAGGAUGUCAGCCCUCAGCUGUUUUAUCCUGCGGCCAACCGCUGCAGCUGCAGGCGCUGCGACACGCGCACACAUCACUGUGUUCGCGACAGCCGGAUCCCUAAUGACCGGUGCACCGUGACCCUUGGCGAUGUGAAGAACCAGACGCCGCCCUCUGUGGGAACCUGCUAACCAAAUGCACAUGCACGCUAAUGCGACAGCAGGACUUUCUGCUGCAGGACUUUCUUCUGUCACUGUUGUGCAUCUCAGCUCCUCAUGUUGUUUUCUCUAGUUCGUUUGGCAAUGUAGGCUAUUGCUAUAAAACACUAUGUUGAACAUGUAUUUAACUUUAUUAGGAAAAUUGUGUAAAUUAAUCUAGGACAAUGAAUAUACAAGCAACAGAUGAGUGCACAAUACGUGUAUUUCCAUAUUAGGGUGUUUCUUCAACUACAGGCACUUUUUGGCCUUGUGAACUUGAGGGGAAGAAAGUGUUCAAAUCAAAACAGUUUAAUAUAACUAGUCUAGUUUGAUGAUCCAUAACAGAGCGCACUUACAUUAUAAGACAAAUUGGUGUUUUAUUACAUUUUCCGAUCUGCACUGAACAAAUGUCAUUUCCAUCACAUGUAAAUAUUUGAUUAUUUAAAAAUAUUAUGAUAUACAUAAUUGCUUAACAGUGUAAGAUCACUUUAACAGUUUUACCAUUUUAUACCUAUAUUGCAGUUAUCAUAGAUUUGUGGAUUAAGUAAAUUAAUUGUAAUGAGGCCCAAACAAAGUUUACAUCCACCACCACCUGAAAUAUAAUAUUGGGUUGGUUGGAUAAGUUUCAGAAAAAUGACUACUUGUGUUAUUACAUUAAGUGGAACAUUAUCCCAUAAACUAUGCAGAAGUUUUUAAUGAGUGAUUAGAAUUUUGUAAAUAUUUGAAAAAAAAAGUUGAGGUGGUGGAAAUGACUGGGUGUUGUAGAAAUGACAAUGAAUGGACGUCCAUGUAGAAAACCAGAAGACAUUUAUUUGAAACGUUCUGAAGCAGACAAUUCCAUUUAACAAAUCAUUAGUCAUUAGUCUGUUUGGUUCCAUAACCAGAUGAACGGUUAGUCUUACUGUAAACAACUUUAACCACAUCACAUGAAAAAAUUUAAGUUCCGCAUAAAUGCAAAUUGUAAAAUUGUAACAUUCCAAUUGGUUAGAUGAACACUGUUUUGAAUUUUGGAAUACUUAAAACACCUAAACUUUAGUCAUGUCAAUGCAUUGUAACAUGAACUAUAAAGCAUCUAGAGCAUGCACACGCUGUGUGUGAGUGAGUUUGGUGUUGUAAAAUUCUAAUCAGUCUCUUAGAUGAACACUGUUCUGAAGAAAACAUUUAAAAGACACCUUAAACUAUAUAUCAAUUAUUAUAUAACAUGAACUGUAAAGCAUCAAGGGCUGUGCGUGCAUGAGAGAGAGAGAGAGAGAUUGAGAGAGAAGUAAGCAUGUAGGUUUGACCAGAGGGCAAUUAUGGUGACCAGACGGUAUGUGUGUGAGAGAUAAUGUGCAUGAAAGUGAGGUAGUGUGUGUGAGAGAGAGAGAGAGAGAGAGGGUGGCAAUGUGAUUCAAGGCCAAAUCUUGCAGAUUUCUUUCCAAACUUCCGUCUUAAUCUCCUUGUGCCGUUUUGUCACUGGUACGGGCUCAGGGAUGAGGCCUAUUAUAUCCAUCGGUUGGUACCAGAUGACAUCAUCUCUCAGUGGCCAAUAAAAGCGAUUGAUCCCAA